AUGGCUGAACAAGUUCCAAACCCACCCCUAACAUUAGAACAAAAAAUAGAUGCUCUAACCUUCACCAUGGACGGGUUACUCACACGAAUAACUAAUUUGGAACAACGCUCACAGCAAGUGCAACGACCACACACUGAUGAGCGACAAUUGCCACCAAUAGGGAGAGUGGAUCCUAGAUGUCAAAGGAUUCAACAACCUAAUGAGGAGUUAGGAACAUUAAACUUGAAAUUCCUGACUUCUCUGGGAAUUGUGCAAGGAUCCAUGUCAGUUGAUGAGUACCACCGAACUAUCAAUAUUUUACUUGAACAAGGGGGCAUACAUGAGGAAGAGAGAUAUGACACCCUUGAUGAUGCCUUGUAUGCUGCACGUGAAUCUGAAGCAAAAAUCAAAGAGAUGAAGAUUUACAAUCCCAACAAUGGUACAUCAAGAUGGAACAACACUCGUUCUACCCCUCAAAGGCGUGAUGAGCGUCCUCUCCCAAGAGAUGAUUCGCGAGACAAAGGUAAAGAAACGGUAAAUGAGGCAAUGAGACCUCAACGUGAUAGAGAAUUGAUUUGUUAUAGAUGUAACGGAAGAGGUCACUUGGCUCGUGAUUGCCCUAACAAGAGGAUAGUUAAUAUAACCAAACAAUUUGAAAAAUUUGCUUCUUGCCUUGAAUAUGAGUCUGAGGAUGAAGUUUGUGACAAUUUUGAAACCCCCAAUGAACAUGUUGAGGAGGAACCAUCCUUACCUCUAGAUUUUGAUUCUGAAUAUGCUGAUAGUGAGUAUGUUCAUACUCUUGUUGUUAAGAAGGUCUUGAGUGUUCACCCCUUAAAAGAAGAUGAGUCCCAAAGAGAAAAUAUCUUUUAUGCUAAAGGGUCAAUUAGAGGGAAUGCUUGUACUGUGAUAAUAGAUUCUGGAAGUUGCACAAAUGUGGCUAGUGUAGCUAUGGUUAAAUUUCUUCAAUUACCUUUGCUUGAUCACCCGAAUCCUUAUCGUUUGCAAUGGUUAACCGAUGUAGGAGAAGUUAGAGUAACCAAACAGGCUCUUAUUCCUUUAUCUAUUAACAUUUACUCGGAUGAAAUUUUGUGUGAUAUUGUCCCAAUGCAGGCUGCUCAUGUGUUGUUAGGUCGACCGUGGCAAUUUGAUAGAAAAAUCAACUUUGAUGGAAUGACGAACACUUAUAUGUUUCACAUGGAUGGAGCUAGAUAUGUCUUAUCUCCUUUGGCUCCUAAACAGGUGGAAGAAAUACUAUCGAAAUCAAGGAAGGUGUCAAGAGAGGCGAAAUCAGUUCCAUCUUCCCCCUGUCAAAAAUCGAAGCCCCCACCUCCUCCAAUCUCCCUUUCCACGUCAUUUUCAUCUCCAAAACCAGCAAAGGAAACACCACAUCAACCCUCUCUUUUUGCAACAAAAAAUGAGAUUAAGAAGGCAAUAAGAAGGGGAGAUACGUUUCACUUACUUUUCAUUCAUAAGCUUACCUCUGAUUUUGAUUCUUCUCUUUUGUUACACUCUGAAUCAUGUAUUCGUAAUGCCUCUAUUGAUGAAUUGCUUGCUGAUUUUUCAGAUUUAUUCCCUAAAGAGAUGCCAAAAGGAUUGCCACCACUUAGAGGUAUUGAGCAUCAAAUCGACUUUGUAUUGCCACCACUUAGAGGUAUUGAGCAUCAAAUCGACUUUGUCCCCCCACCACUUAGAGGUAUUGAGCAUCAAAUCGACUUUGUCCCCGGAUCUACUUUGCCAAACCGACCUCAAAUCGACUUUGUCCCCGGAUCUACUUUGCCAAACCGACCAGCUUACAAAACCAUCCCCGGAUCUACUUUGCCAAACCGACCAGCUUACAAAACCAGUCCCAUAAAAGCAAGGGAGAUCCAGAAACAGGUUGAAGAGCUUCUUGAGAUGGGCCAUAUUCGAGAAAGCUUGAGUCCAUUUCCCAUUCCUCGACUUGAUGAUAUGCUUGAUGAACAUAGAUUUCCCAUUCCUCGACUUGAUGAUAUGCUUGAUGAACUGCAUGGAGCUAAGUACUUUAGCAAAGUGGAUUUGAAACGAGGAUAUCAUCAAAUCAGGAUGAAAGAAGGUGAUGAGUGGAAAACUGCCUUCAAAACAAAGCAUGGUUUAUAUGAUGAGUGGAAAACUGCCUUCAAAACAAAGCAUGGUUUAUAUCAGUGCAAGUCACAAGAAAAACACUUGAAACACCUUCGAUUAGUCUUUCUUGAACUUAGGGCUGCACAGUUGUAUGCCAAUCUUGAGAAGUGUUCUUUUAUGUCUGAGAGUGUUGAGUUUUUAGGAUUUCAUGUCAGUAUAGAAGGUGUGACCAUGGAUUCAAAAAAGGUUGAAGCUAUCACAAGUUGGCCAACGCCAACUAAUAAACUCACCACCGCUCCAGUUCUAGUUUUGCCUUGUUUUGAUAAAACUUUUGAACUAGAAUGUGAUGCUUCUGGCAUUGGAAUCGGUGCUGUACUGAUGCAGGAUAAACGCCCCAUUGCCUAUUUUAGUGAGAAGUUGGGUGGCACAACACUAAACUAUCCCACCUAUGAUAAAGAACUUUAUGCCAUUAUAAGAGCCUUGGAAACAUGGCAACAUUAUUUAUGGUUUAAAGACUUUAUUUUACACACUGAUCAUGAGGCCUUAAAACAUUUGAAAGGCCAGGGUAAGUUGAAUAAGAUACAUGCUAAAUGGCUCGAGUUCAUUAAAGCUUUUCCUUAUAAAAUUGCCUACAAGAAAGGUACGGAAAACAAAGUGGCUGAUGCUUUAUCUAGGAGAUAUACUUUACUUGCUACUUUACAUGCUAAGUUUCUUGGUUUUGAUUUCAUUAAGUCUCUCUAUGCUAGUGAUACAGAAAAUAGAGUGUGCAUUCCUAAUUGUUCCUUGCGUGUGAGUUUGAUCUCUGAAUCACAUGGAGGUGGUCUUAUGGGACACUUUGGUAUCUCUAAAACUUAUGAUGCAUUGCAUGAACACUUCUAUUGGCCUAGAUUGAAAAAAGAUGUUGAGACUUUUGUCAAUAAUUGUACUACAUGUCACCAUGCUAAGUCUAAAUCACUUCCCCAGGGGCUUUACACACCACUCUCUGUUCUUAGUGGCCCAUGGCUUGACAUUUCAAUGGAUUUUGUUCUAGGGUUACCUAUGAGUUCUAAGAGAAAAGAUUCCAUUUUUGUUGUAGUUGAUCGUUUUAGUAAGAUGGCCAGAUUUAUUGCUUGCACUAAAACUGAUGAUGCAACUCAUAUUGCUAAUCUUUUCUUUGCUGAGAUUGUCAAACUGCAUGGCAUCCCUAAGACUAUUGUUUCUGAUAGAGAUACUAAAUUUCUUAGCCACUUUUGGCGUGUUCUAUGGGCUAAAAUUGGGACUAAGUUGCUAUUUUCUACUACUUGUCAUCCUCCAACGGAUGGACAAACAGAAGUCGUUAAUAGAACCUUAUCCCAAGUUGAGUUUGCCUCACGUUGA